AUGAGUCAUUAUCAAAAUCCAACCUACAAUCAUGCACAAAUGAAAAAUCAAGUUGGUGUUUCCAAUUUAAAAAUGCUUGAUGGAGAAGACUUAACUGCUGGAGACAGGAGAAAAUUGCAGUAACUGUAAAUGAAGGACUGGGUAUAAUAAUAAACACAAGAGAAUCAACAGAAAAAGCAAUUGAAUAAACAGAUAUAAUAAUAAUACGAUCAGCAGACAUUAUAAAUUAAUUAGAGUUUAAAGGAGUUGGAGGAAGAGAAAUAGAGGAGGAGAGUCGAAAUGGAAAUUGCCAAUUAGCAAAUCAAUAAUCAAUUGGCAAAGGAGAAAUAGGAUAGAGAGGAAUAUAUGGCUAGAUAGGCUCAACUGGAGAAGAAAUAGCAUAUGGAAGAGAUUUUGAAUAAUGAUGUUUGGACUGAGAAUACUGCCACUUGUCAAAGUGCUUUAGCUCCUCAUAGAGUGAUACCUUAUCAUUAUAAAGGUAUGUCAGAAUAACAGAGAUAAGAAAUAAGGAACGAUCAAGCCAAACAGAGAGAAUAAAAUGAAUAAAAAAGACAACAGGAAAAAGAUGAUGAAAGAAUGUGGGCUCAAUAUAAUGAACAUAACCGAAAAUAAUUAAUUAUUCAGGAGAGGGAGAAGGCUCGAAAAUUGCAGACACUUAGAAAUAAUCAAAAGGAAUCUAACUUAUUGUCAUAAACUGAAUAGAAACUCAAAUUAAAAAAUGAAUAUGCAUGACAAUCCAUUAUAAUAAUAAUCUUAUUAAGUACUAUAAGAAUUCUUUAUAAA